AUGGGGCCAGGGCACGCCAGCCAACCCCAGACAAGCCCUGCGAACAACAAAGGCGUCGCCGCUAAAUCUGUCGCGGCUACCUGUUCAGAGGUAUCUACGCCAGUCUGUGGGGUAAAGGGUGAUGGAUGUGGAACCUCAACGUCUUGGUCUACUACAGCUGCCAAGGAAAAUGUGCAGCUCAGCAGCAGCAACAACGCAGGAAACCAAGGUCAAGACCCAUGGUUGGUCCCAGGGAGCGAUGACCGCUCGCUGGUAUCGACGCUGAUUAGGCCGGGCCGACUCGCAAGGAUGGGAAAGUAUGGCGGGGGAAUCAGUCAGCUCCAAUGCAUCAAAGAUUUCGAGGUCAGUGGUCCACUGGUCGCAGGUGGGAACAAGGAUAUUGAGAGUUUCGGGGUUGAGCCCGGCCGACCGUGCGGGAGUGACAUCUAUCUCUCUCUCUCUGUGUGUGUGUCUGUUUGUCUUGCGUCUACCCUCACUGGCUGGAUGGAUGACAUGAUUGUUCGGCCAAACCGUGCAGACCACGACUCGAACUGA